CUGAAGAUUGAGGAUAGCAAGCUGUUUCCUUGCUAGCUAGAGUGGCCCCCCCUUUUCUACUAUCUAGAUUUGCUUGCGACAUUCCACAUUUCCCCUUGCCUUUCACUCGUUGUUUUGCGUGCUCUUUUAGCGAUUCCACACUCGUUUACAGUACACAACGCAGCUGCAAUAAACAACUCAUUCGCUACGAGCCCUCUCCGGUACCCGUCAAACGCCUAUCUACCAUCAGACCUGCAUACGUGCGGAGAGUAGGCCUGACGAUAACCACCCAUCAGUCCGGUCGAACCGAACGAGGCCACCGUCGAGCACAGCCCUGGCUGCCUUUCCCCGUCACUGACGUCUUGUUUUGUUCAACCUUGGCUCGGAAAACCUCACGUUUGCUGGUGCUAGGCCAGAGCUUCUACCACAGCACAUCGCACACGCACGAAACAGGCACAUUACCUGUACUGCCAAGUUGUUUUUUUUCGCAGCGCACAAUUGCUACUGUCCCUCGUGCUUGGCCGAACAUCACCUUUAUCUCGCCGUAUCGACGAAUGUGUCCGUGUGCUUCUGUCAAAGCCCAGCGCAGCCAUCCCGUCACACAAGCCACCUCGACCAUAUCCCGAAAGCUUGGCUGUACCCUCAGACGUCUGCUUCUUGACAGGUGACGGACAAAGCAGAUCACGACGAGUAAAAAGGUCUAUAGGGAGGUGUUUCGAACAGUCCACUUAUCAAUAAACGAGAAAAGCAAAAAAAGGGGGCCUCGGUAUCAUCGGCACGCAAUAUCAAACCGAGACCGACUCGUCGACGCCACAAGAAGGGAGGAGGCGCUGAAAGUCUACUACAGGUGUCGUAGGUGACGAUCUGCGCAUUCCAGGGGCCCACGAAUUAGUGCUACAUACCCUACAGGUACCCUAUUGCAACGUAGUUCUGCUGCGUGUGCUGUGGUGUGCUGUUUGUUGUGUGUGGGUCGCCCUCCACUCUGUCAGCGGCACUACUGGUUUGCAAGUGGUAUAGCGACAAGGCCUGCCGACGCGGGCCAGAUUAGAGCGCCCCGCCAACAAGACAAAUCACAACAGGUUAGUGCCAGGUACUUGGCGAAAAGGUCUGCCUUAAACUACUUUGGGCCGGCCAAAAUGGCACCCAUGACGCCCCGGCUCAAGAUUCUCUCAGGUAUGAUUUCCUACCCUCCUUCCCGUUCAUUGGUCAUAACCGUUCCGUUGCCUUGUCGUCCCUGGUUCCGUCCCAAGCCUUGGGGGAUUACUGUACCAGUGUGACAAGCCGCAUUCUUUCGCACCCGUUCUUGUCAUCAACUUUUUACUUUUGUCUACCCGUUCCUCUCGUUGUAUCCCUCGAGCCUUCAUUCCUUCUAGGCUUCAGAAUUGGCCUCACGUUCGCUACAUUUCUUUAUCUGCAUUUUCGCUCGUUCUUGUUUUAUCACGCACAUGUUCCGCCUUACAUAAUCGCCACAAUUUCUCCGUGCCCUCCGCUUGCUUUCCACGCGACGACCACCGACCAUGGCGAGCUGUGAGCUGAUGAAGGUGAUUUCAGUUGGUGGAAACCCAGUUUCGGCCUUCCUAUCUUGGCGACUACAAGCGACCAAUGCCUGCGAUGUGACGCUCGUAUGGAAAUCCGGGUUUGAACAUGUCUCCCAGUAUGGCAUAUCGUUCAAGUCUCCGGUCUUUGGCAACGAAAGGUUCAAGCCUCGUCAUGUCGUUAAAACCCCAGAAGAGGCCGCCACGCGCAAGGACGGCGCAUUCGACUACGUUAUCCUCUGCAUAAAGGCGCUCCCCGACGUCUACGAUCUCGCCGCCAUCAUCGAGUCGGUCGUGACCCCUCAGCACACGUGCAUUCUCAUCAACACGACACACACAUUAGGCGUAGAAGCCGCAAUAGAAGAGCGAUUCCCGACCAAUGUGGUCCUGUCGCUCGUGUCAGGUGCCGAACUGACGCAGUUGGGAGCCAGUGAAUUCGAGCACAAAGGUUCAACAGAGGUGUGGGUUGGUCCAGCUAAUUCUAAUAGCAAUAUUCCGACAACAAUCCAAGAAGACAUGGCGCAAGCUCUGGCUAUGACCUUGAGCUCUGGCCAAGUUGACUGCAAGGUAUCCCCGAACAUUCGUCAACAACAGUACGAGAGGGUUAUUGGCCCUAUCGCCUUCCACCCCGCCAGUGUGAUUUUCGAAACCCCUAACCACGCUGCGUUACUGGAAAAGGUUGGAGUUCGACAGAUGAUUUCAGAAGUAAUAGACGAGCUUCUGGCGCUAGCAUCGGCACAAGGAUGCAAAAUGCCGGAAGACUUUAAGCAAAAGACUAUGACGGAUAUGACACAGGCUCAGGGGCCCGAGAGUAUCAUGUGGCAGGAUUUUACUGCGAGGCGCCCUAUGGAAGUGGAAACAUAUCUCGGUUCGCCUAUCCGACUUGCUGCUGAGACCGGCGUUUCAGUUCCUCGAAUCGAGACUCUAUAUGCCAUCCUGCACAACAUCAACAUUACGAACCAGAACAGGCCUAAAUUCGAACCCGCUCCGAGAUCUAUGGCCGGCUCACCUGGACCGUCACCCUCACCAGUUCCGCGUGGCAUGGUGGGCCAAAACGGUCCACCUCGACCCAUGCCAAACGGUAUGCCCAACGGUCGUGGGCCCAGACCAAGGGGAGCAUCUGGCAUGGGACCUCCUGGCAUGGGACCCCCUCCUGGCAUGCGUCGGCAACCGCCACCAAUGAACGGAGGCCCUCCGAAUGGGUAUGGACGACCGCCGAUGAACGGCGGACCUAAUGGAUACCCCGGGUCACGAACAGCAUCGAGGCGAGGAUCGAUGGAGGGGGCGGACUUGGAGGAGUUCAGCCACCUGGUGGUGUACGAUGAUAUUCCUGAAUCUGGAGAAGCAAACUAUACCCCGGAUACCCACGAGCUUGCCAUACGGGAGCGCGAGCUACAGCUGCGACAGCGCGAGCUCGCCCUGAGGGAACAGGAGAUGAGGAUGAGGCGAGGACCUGGACCCGGGCCUGGGCCUGGUCCAAGGCGCGGCCCUCCCACUCCGUCAGUACGUAACGUUGGGAUGUACGAUGACGAGGAUGAGGACGAAGACUACUUCGAUCCUACUGGGGCCUCAGUCCCCCGUAUUGACCCCGACAAUUUCGACAUGAUGAGCGUGACUUCCAAGAAGAACCGGAGAGCAGCACCGCCGAAUCCGGCCCAGUUUCGCAAGAAUCCCGAGUUUGACCAGGCGCCGGCUCCGAGAACCAGUCGGUUCAGGCCGAGUUUUGGGAGAAACAGGUCUAGCCAGAUCGGACAGCCGACAAUCAUGUCUGAAAACUUCCUGGACGAUCCUUUAAUGAGCUGUUCAUCCAACCGAUACGGAGCCGUGGACCGCAGCACUAUGAAUGCCGAAUCACGAGCCAACUCUCUCACUGCCUCGCGCAUUGAGGAUAUGCAACUUGGACCUGGAGGGGGGCCACCUCCUAUGGGGAUGAAUGGGGCAUUCCGAAGGUCGAGCCAGUCACCUGGCAACCCAUACAGCCCUUCGAUGCGCGGCGGAAACGGCAGGCCAUCACCUCCCAAUGGUUAUGUUGGUCCACCGGGGAUGAUGAAUGGAGGACGACCUUCGCCGCCCGAUGGCAUGCGACAGCCAGUACCGCGGUAUCCUCCUGGACACGGAAACGCUGUUGCGCCGCAACAGGUUGAACAACACGCCGGGGUGAGCCAGCUCCAGAUACCAAAACGCCAGAAUGUUCGAAGUCUGACUGGAAGUGCGAGUGCCAGCGCGGGCAGUGGUGAUUCCACCAACCUCGACUCGGAACCGUCUGCCCAUAGCAGCCAGAGCAGCCUCGGUCCUCGACCUCCCAUCGGCGUCCGUUGAGGCCUUUCUUUUAGGACAGUUUAAGCUGCUUAUAGGUUGGGGCGGGCAUGCGUGAACUUUUGUUUUUUCUUGGAAAGAAGAAUCAGGCACGAAGCGAACACGACUCAUCAUGACCCUUUGCAUCGACGAACACAUAGAAGUUGCGUGUUUGGAACCAACGCUCAAGCGUUCUGACCGCCGACUUAAUUCGAUUAUAGUAGGCUCGAGGGGAGCUGUCAAUCCAGUUUCCUUUGUCAUUAAUGAAAACUCGACUGUCAUUUCUUUUAUUUCUUCCCUUCUUUAUCAGAGAGGGAAGGGCGAGUGAGGAACCACCGAUCAAAGAUAAUGGCCUUGCUUUGCGGUGGUGUCUUGUUUUACUUGCCCCUCCCAUUUCGCUCUACCUAAUGGGAAGAAACACGCCAGAGAGGGGCGAGAUUUCAUUUACUGUGUUUUAUUUAUCCGCUCCCACAUGUUUAGAAAUGGUUUUUGGGCUAUCCUUCUCACGGCGUACACAUAAUCUUACCAAGACAUAUUUCUGUUUUUGGGGGGGAGAAAAGUCCGGUACAUAAAGCAUGUUCUUUUUUCUUUACCCUGAACUGUCUUUCCGUUCCGUUUUCUCUUUUUUUCUGGUUUUUUUUUUCUUUUCCCUUGAGUCUGAUUCAUCGUUUUUUUCUUUUGUUGAAUCUUCUUUUCUAUUCUCAUUUACGAUCGGGAGAACCAGCAACUUAACAGCUUAUUUGGUAAUACCUGCAUUGAAGUGUGUAAGUUUGGCUGAUAGGCGAGAAUGAAGGAAUUAAUCCACAGAUGUCGAGAAUCGGAUGUGGAAAGGCUGUUUGUUUGAUGGGGAAAGAGGGUUUAGAAGUAUAUGGAUGGCGUGGCUCCAUGUCUUUUAACUUUUCUAAAUUUCCACAAGACAAAUAAAUCAUCCAUGA